CGUGGGUCUGUCCAGCGACUGUCUUAUGAUUGAUUCAUCAUCUGUGAAUCAUUUCAAUACAUCUAAUUAGUGGCGAGGAAGUUUUAAAUUCUUCAUUCCCCGCAAUGGCGCAAAACAAUGCCGCGUCCAAAAAGCGGCGCCGUGAGCCGGUCAACGUCGACACCAAAUUGGUCGAGAUCUAUGAGGACCUCGCUAAUGAGAAGGACGAGAUCAGAUUGAAGGCUGCCCAAGCCCUGGUAUCUCAGUUCACUUCCGACAAGAACCCCGCCGAUGAGCAGAUCAAAAAAACCUUGCAGAGACUCUUCCGUGGUCUCUGCAGUAGUCGCAAAGCCGCCAGAAUUGGUUUCUCUAUUGCAUUGACUGAGGUUCUGUCUCAGGUCUUUGGAGCUCCCCGCGAGUCGUCCGAACUGAAUAUCUCGACUGUCAUGAACAUCUGGGAGUCGCAGUCUAAUGCUUCUGGUGGUGAGUCUGGUCAGGAACAAAGAGACCACUAUUUCGGUCGUCUGUUUGGUGCUGAGGCUAUCAUCAAGUCCUCCAUUCUGUUCAAGCCCAACGCUCCAUUCAACGAGUGGACUAAGCUCCUGGACCUGGUGUUUGAACUGGCCAAGAAGAAGCCCUGGAUCCGGGAGGAAUGCGGCUGGAUCAUCUAUCGCUGCAUCUACGAACUUGCGGCCCAGAAGGCUGAUGCUAAGUUUCUGGAAUCUGCUCUUGAGCGUCUGUGCUCGAACGACCUUGCACGCACCCCAGAGGGAGUGGCCAUCUGGCUCGCUGCUAAGGACCUGUUCCCGAAUGCGAAGUUCCCCAGCAAGGUCUGGAAGCACGAUGAUCCUUUGGACGCAAAGGAGAGGAAUCAGCUGGCCAAGGUCAUGAAGGAGUCUUCCUCUGCUGAUUCCGAAAGCGAAGGCGGAAACAAGGCAAAGUCGUCUGGAGUCUGGAACUCAAAGCUUCACUUUGCCUGGGACACUGUCAUCAGCAGACUUGCCGAUGCUCCGACAAAGGAGAGCAAGUCGAAGGGUUCUUCAUCCCGUAUCAGCUUCGCUGACUUCUGGACGGAAGUUGUCGACAAUGGCCUAUUCGCCUCUUCAUCCUCAGAGGAACGUAAAUACUGGGGCUUCCUUCUGUUCAACAAGGUCAUCAACGAAUCUCCCCUGAGCUUGGCUUCCCUGGUGUUUACCAAGAACCUCGUCAGGUGUCUGAUGAACCAGCUUGCCGUUGAGGACAGAUACCUACACCGCAUGGCCGUGAAGGUCGCAAAGGCCGUCCAGACACGUGUGUCCAAGGAGCCCGAUUUUGCCGCCGCUUCUGUGCGUGGUCUCAUGGGCUCAACCGGGACUGUGAACUUCGACCAGGCAACCAAGACGAAGACUGUGGAGAAGAUUGUCGCUGAAGCCAACUUGGCCGCUCUGAAGCAGAUCGUUCCGCUCUUCGAAUCCCUCAUUGCAUCCCCGGGAACGACUGACAGCAAGGCUGCUGCGUCGAGCCGCCAGUUCUUGGCCGGUCUCCUCCUGUCCAUUGUUCGUGCCCGGGCUUCGGCCAGUGACGACGAGGAUGGCAUGCAGAAGAUCCUCGAGAAGAUCCUCUUUGCCUUUGUUCGGUUCGCCUACUUCAAGCCCGCAGAAGAAGGCCGGGACCAGUCCGUCACUCCCUCUGUGACGGAGCAGACACAGGAGCUCUUCCGGAGCCGCAUCAACUCGUGUAUCAACAGUCUCAUCGCUACGGAAAAGUACGCGGGCGUUCCGUACGUCGUUGUUCGCCACAUCCGUGACGCAGUCAAGUCUGAAGAGCACGGAAAGUUCAUCAUCAACAUGGACGACACUAUCCAAGACGCAGUGAAGAACGCCUUCAAGUCGCUGAAGAAGCUCGCCAACAUGGAGAAGGGUGACAAGGCCAGCAUUGAUGCCUUCAAGCUCCUGUACUCCUUGACGAUUUUGCAAGUGUACAACGGUGACGCCGAUGCCGCCUCCAUGCUGGAGGAACUCGACUUCUGCUACACCAAGAUCUUCGGCGACAAGAAGUCCAAGAAGGAGGAGACCUCUGACGCCUCGGACGCUCUGGUGGAAAUCCUGUUGAGUUUCGCAUCCAAGCAGUCCCAGCUUUUCCGCCGUAUGAGUGAGCAAGUCUUUGGUGCUUUCGCCGACAGCAUUACAGAGAACGGCCUGGAGUCGUUGACCUCGAUCCUGGAAGCGAAAGAGAGUCUUGCCGGACAGCAAGAAAUGUUCGACCAGCAAGACGACGAAGGCGACGAGGACAUGAUGGACGUUGACGGAGAAGACGACAGCGACGUCGAAGUCAUCGACGGCGACGCCGGCUCCGACUUCGACAACGACGAAAGUGACAACGAAGACGACGACGACAACGAAUCCAGCGGCAACGACCUAGAAGAAGCAAUCUUCGAAGCCAAGCUCGCCGAAGCGCUCGGCACUCACCGCGCCGACAAAGACCUCAACGAAGACGACUCCGAAGGCUCCGACGCAGACAUGAACGACGACGAGAUGGAAGAAAUCGACACCCAACUCGUGAAAGUCUUCAAAGCGCGGCGCGACGCCCUCGGCCAGAAGAAAGACAAGAAAGACGCCAAAGAAAACAUGAUCAACUUCAAGAACCGCGUUCUCGACCUUCUCGAAAUCUACGUCAAGAAAUGCCACUCCAAGAUCCUGGCACUUGAUCUCCUUCUGCCGUUGCUGCGCCUUACCCGCCGCUCCACUGUCAAGCAGAUCUCGAAUAAGGCUGCUAAUGUGCUCCGCGAAUAUACGAAGCACUGCAAGGGCGCGGCGCUGCCGAAGCUGGAUGAUGAGAUCGAGCCGGUCUGGGAACUGUUGAAGUCGAUUCACACCGAGGCGACGCAUAGUGGGCCGCCGGCGCAUGCGUCGGCGUGCAGUCAGGCUAGUUUGUUGGUGGUGAAGACGCUGGUGGCGCAUGAUAGGGAGACGAUCUCCGGGGUGGUGGAUGUUUAUGGUGAGACGAGAAAGGCGCAGCUCAUUAGCAAGAAGUGUCAUGUGCAGCCGUCGUUCUUUACCGAUUGGAAUAAUUGGUGUGUGUCGAGUAGCAAGCAGAUGAAGAAUUAGCUGUUACGGAGGACUUACUGUAUAGAUGGGCUAUUAGUUAGAUUGAUUGGGACCAGUCCCGAUAACAUUGAUUGUAAUAUAUACACAAUCUCCC